AUGACCACAACCCCCAACUCGACCAAGCCUUCUAAACGGAAGCGCGACUUGGAUGUACCACAGGCGCAAAUCUCAACCCCAACAAAGAAGCACAAGAAGCGCAACAGUCUCUCUGCCCCAGCCAACGACGAUGGCACCGCCAAGAAACGCAAGCGGGUCAAGGAUGCACUUCAAGGUGAAGAUACCUCGAAAUCGAUCCAGAAACAAAGUGUUGUCUCGCAAGACAGCAGCCAAAAGGAUACUGCAAACCCGGACCGCGUUAGUGCUAAGGAAGCAAAGAAGUCAGAAGAGAGCAAGCGAAAGAACCCUAAGAAACGUGACGCAACACCUCAAGAGUCUCCAGCUGUGAGUGUGAAGCCUAUAUAUCCCCAAGAGAUGGAAGUCUCGGACAAUGAAGACGAUGGAAAAGCCUCGAAAGCCAAGCACGCAGGAAUUUAUUCCAAGUUUGAACGAACAAAAGCUGCAGCCAGCAGAUUGGCGAAGAAACAAAAACCCGAGGAAAUUCAAACGACCGAGAAAGUCAUUGAGCCAGUCAUUGCACAAGGCCUGGAACCGUUGCCCCAGCCCGAAAACCCGCCUGAGCUUGAAAUAGCUCCGACCUACUCUUCUUUACCCGCCUGGCUAGCGGACCCCGUACGGGCAUCAGCAAAAGAGCGAUCCAAAUUUGCUGAACUGGGCAUCAAGCCUGAGUUAUUGCGCAUCCUCGACGAGCACGAUUACAAGGAAGCAUUUGCUGUUCAGUCUACGGUGAUUCCUCUCCUCCUGAAUGGAAGCAAGAAUCAUCCCGGUGACCUGUGUAUCUCGGCAGCUACUGGAUCCGGGAAAACCCUGUCUUACGUGAUUCCACUUGUCACCUCCUUGACACCCAGACCUGCAUCACGAUUGAGAGGACUCAUUGUGGUUCCUACGAGAGAACUAGUGAAACAGGCUCGGGAAGCCUGCGAGCUUUGUGCCUCUGGAUCGCGCCUUCACAUCGGAAGCGCGGUUGGAAAUGUAGCCAUCAAAGAGGAACAAAAGCUCCUUAUGAGGGUAGACCAGGUCCACAAUCCUGCAACUGUUGCGCAGCGCCAGAAAAUUGGCCUGCAAGGAAAUGAGUGGAUGGACUUCAACCUAGAGGACUGCGUGACCGAGGCAGUUGACUCGACCGGAUUUCUUCCGGGCUACAUCCAACGGCCAGAGCCCAAUGUCGAUAUCCUUAUCUGCACGCCUGGUCGUCUGGUGGACCACAUCCGCUACACCAAAGGCUUUACCCUCAAGCAUCUGGAAUGGCUCGUAAUUGACGAAGCUGAUCGAUUACUGAACGAGAGCUUCCAGGAAUGGGUGGAGGUGGUCAUGGCGUCACUGGAUGCACGCCAAGCACCCGAAACCUUUGGGCCUGGUGGCAAGCUUUUGUCAGACCUCGGCCUUCCAAUUGAAACCAAGCCCCCUAGGAAGGUUGUGCUGAGUGCCACUAUGACCCGUGAUAUUUCCAAGCUCAACUCUUUGCGGUUGGCCAACCCGAAAAUGGUUAUCAUUGGUGCCGAGAACACCAUGGAUCCCGAGGAUCCGUCUGCCGCUAACGCCGAUGCCCAUUUCACCUUACCUCCCACCCUACAUGAGCGCAUGGUUGCUGUUGGCGACGAAUCUGAGAAACCAUUGUACCUUCUUCGCCUGCUUCUUUCGCAUAUCAACAUUGCUGUCGAUGCCAAUGGCUCCGUUGACACAUCCGACGACAGCUCUAGCUCUGAUGACACCAGCUCCGAUGAGUCGGAUGACGAUACCUCGUCCUCUGGCUCAGACUCGGACACAGACUCGGACUCGGACACAGACACAGACUCGGACUCGGACUCGGACUCCGAUUCCGAUUCCGAUUCAAGCUCUGAUUCAUCGAGUGACUCUGAAGAUUCGGUUUCCGAUUCUGUCGACCUUGUGCCUGAAGCCAAAAUUUCACCUACUACCGUUUUGAUCUUCACCAAAUCCUCUGAGUCUGCAUCGCGACUUUCUCGACUCAUCUCCCUUUUCCACCCUCCGCUUGCCAAUCGCAUGGGGACAAUCAUCAAGUCUAGCAACUCUGCCGCAUCCCGCAAGACUCUGACAGCUUUCCGACAAGGGCGGAUUUCCGUUAUUGUGGCCACAGAUCGAGCCUCCCGUGGAUUGGAUCUGCCCUCAUUGACGCAUGUUGUCAACUACGAUGUCCCUACUAGUGUCACCACUUACGUGCAUCGUGUUGGACGAACCGCUCGUGCUGGCCGAGAGGGUUUCGCAUGGACCCUGGUCGCUCACCGCGAGGGGCGUUGGUUUGCAAACGAAAUCGCUGCCAGCACUGACGGUCGCAUUACACGUAAGACUACGAUUGACCGAAUCCAGGUCAAGCUGGAUACUCUGAAAUCGCUUCAAACCAAGUAUGCGUUAGCACUGGACGCGCUGGAGAAGGAAGUUAAGGUGGGCAAGGGACCUAAGUCCCGAGCAACAACUAAGGCCUGA